AUGGGCGGGUGCGUGUCAAAAGAAAAAUUAAGAGCCGUUGAAGAAAAAUUGGGAGCCGCGGAAAGUGUUGUCGUUGUCGAUGAAAGUGCAAGCGAAGAAGUCGUCGAAGAAGAGAACGAAAGUUUUCGUCAACAAAUUUUUUUGUCGUCGACGACUCGUACAAAAUCUUUGUCUUAUCCCCAAUCGGAAAACGGAUACGGAAACGGAAUAAUUGAAAAAGGGUGUGAUUGA